AUGAAAGGCGAAUGCAUGGCUUGUGUGGUAUUCAGGCUUUGUGAUGGAGCUCCUGAGCUACUACGGGACGUGUGUUUGGAGAGAGGAUGGCAUGAAUUUGACGAGGAGGCGGUUGAUCCCGAUGCAACUUGGAGUCUUUGGUGGAAGUCAUCUGGAUUCAGAACGAGCGAAUACGAAGACUGUCGCCCGUGGCAACGUCUAAACCACUUCCCUAAAACUAGCGCUAUAACACGAAAAGAUUGUUUAGCUAGGAACCUUAGACGAAUGAGAGGAGUCUAUGGGAAUUAUUUGUUUAAUUUUGCACCACUUUCGUUUAAUCUCCCUAACGAUUACCGGAAAUUUGUAGCUGAAUACUCUAAGAAGAAAGAUGCCACUAAAAACAUCUGGAUUUGCAAGCCGGCAGAUUUAUCCCGAGGAAGAGGCAUUUUUCUAUUCGAGAAUUUAUUAGACUUGACUUAUGAUAGUGCAGCCGUGGUGCAAAGAUACAUAUCAAGUCCAUUAUUGAUUUGCGGAUACAAAUUUGACUUGCGGCUGUAUGUACUUGUUACAUCAUUUCAUCCACUAUGUAUCUAUGUUUACCAUGAGGGAAUGGUUCGCUUCAGUACAGAGAAAUUCGACCUCUCUACAUUGAGUAAUCUAUUCUCACACCUAACUAACUCAAGUAUCAACAAGCAAGGUCCUUCGUAUUCCCUUGACAAGGAGCGAAUUGGAACAGGCUGCAAAUGGACUCUUUCCCAACUGAGGGCAUACUUCCAUCAGCAUAACAUUGGUGAUGGUAUGUUGUGGCAUCGUAUAAAUACCAUCAUUAUUCUGACAUUGUUGACACAAGCACCAGAAGUGUCAAAAAGCUGUACUAACUGUUUUGAGCUUUAUGGCUUUGACAUUUUAAUUGACGAGAACCUUAAACCAUGGCUGUUAGAAGUUAAUUUUUCUCCAUCUCUUGGAAGUGAUUGUCUGGUUGACUUGACAAUUAAGAAACCUCUACUGAAUGAUACGUUUGAGCUACUGAAUUUCAACCAAGAUUUGUGUAUCCCAAAGGCUACACUAAAAUCAAGUCACCUAUCAAAAAGCAAUGUAAGGCCUAAAUCACAGCUUUUAUCCUCCAAAAAUCAUUCCUUGAGAAGUGCUCUAAAACCCUUACAGAUCCCCAAAUCAAAAGCAAUAUUUCAGUUCAAAAGCCAACCAGAAGAGUCAGACAUGGAACAAAGUACAGCAUCAUCUUGUACAGAAGAUAUGGAUCCUGUGCCAAAGAUAAACCAGGAAUUAAAGUCCAGGUCUCAUUCAAGUCUUAGCAUUACAAGUACCCUCCCAUCAGAUGAAUUUGUACAGGCAGUGAAUACUGCACCAUCUGAAGAAGGACCUCUGGAAUACACUGCACAACAUAAGCCAGAAACAAGUGUGCAAAUAAGCAACCCCACGGAACCAUCUAGUCAAUCAGAGGAUCAUCAGAGAAGCAAAAAAAUAGUUUCUAAAACUUUCACAAAGCUCAAACCAGCAGCUCCUAAAGGGUUUCCUUCAGCUCGGAGGAAUACCAUUUCUGGUCAACCAAGAAAUACUUCACUUCCACCUUUAAGGCAACCUUCCAGACAGAGUUUGACAGAGCCAUUUCCAAGAUCUGUAUCUAGCCUUUCAAAAAGGCAGAGUACAAGCAUGUCAGACUUAUCAAUUAUUUAUAAGUCAAAGAGUUUAACUAAAAUACAUUCAGCAUCACACAGAAAAAGACCACAGCCAAAGCCACUGUAUGCUGCGAAAGUCGGAAAUUUCUUCUUGGUAUUUCCAUUUAAUGAUGCCACCCAGAAGGCAGUAAUGACUGGUCCGAUUAACACUAGGGCGGUGGUAGAGGAGGUUAAGAAAAUGAUGCAGCUGGUCUCUAAUCGCAGUGCCGCUCAGUCAAACAUUGAAGAAAGUCUCAAGCCAAAAGACACCCCAGACCUUUCCAAACCAUUCUGGGGCUUUAGGCCAGUCAUUGAAUACACAAACAAUUUUUAAGAAUUUUAAGGAAAUUUAUUUAUUGGUGUUAUUGGUGUGGUGUGUGAUGUUUUUUUUUAGAAACAAUCUUAUAUUUAAUAAAACCUGAAUAAAAUUUGAUUUUAUCUUAAA